GUUUUAUUAUUUUGGUGGGUAUGAUCUUUGUUCAUAUCUUCUGAGGCUAGGUUAUUGUUUCUCUGAAACAUGGCGCGUGGAAGUAGUGCUGGGUUUGACAGACAUAUUACUAUAUUUUCUCCCGAAGGUAGACUGUAUCAAGUUGAAUAUGCAUUUAAAGCUAUUAACCAAGGAGGAUUGACUUCUGUUGCCCUGAAAGGAGUGGAUACAGCUGUCAUAGCUACUCAGAAAAAAGUGCCUGACAAGCUGCUUGAUGCUUCUACUGUGACUCACCUGUUUAAGCUCACAGACAGAAUAGGAUGUGUCAUGACUGGGAUGAUUGCGGAUAGCAAAUCCCAAGUGCAACGUGCUCGCUAUGAAGCUGCCAACUGGAAGUACAAGAAUGGUUAUGAUAUUCCUGUGGAUACCUUGUGUCGACGGGUAGCUGAUAUCUCACAAGUCUACACUCAAAAUGCGGAGAUGCGUCCUCUGGGUUGCAGUAUGAUACUUAUUGCGUAUGAUGAUGAGAAUGGACCAUGUGUGUAUAAGACGGAUCCAGCUGGUUACUUUUGUGGUUAUAGAGCCAUUAGUGUGGGCUCCAAACAGACAGAAGCUAACAGCUAUCUUGAGAAGAAACUCAAGAAGAAACAAGAAUAUACCAGUGAGGAAGCCAUCCAGUUGGCCAUUACAUGCUUAUCCACUGUCCUGUCAGUGGACUUCAAACCUACUGAAAUUGAAGUAGGCAUUGUUACAAAAGAGAACUCCAAGUUCAGGGUUCUGAAUGAAUCUGAAGUUGAUAAGCAUCUGACAGCUAUUGCAGAGAAAGAUUAAAAUAUGUGGUAAAAUAUGUCAGGUGAUUGCAUUAAUAAAUACUAAAUAUGAGAAUACAGUGUUCAUGUUUUACAAACUUUGUUCUUAUUACAUGUGAGCAAACAAUAAAUUCUACAUUGUAGAACAAAGGGCA